GUUCGACGACCUGGAGACGGAUCGGCAACGAUUGGCGGGCAGAACGGCAGCAGGCACCAGGGCGCCCCGGCCUGCGCUGAGCGGAUGCGUCGGUCCAGGCACGCGCUGGCAGCAGUCAGCCGACCAGAACCGCCUCGUGGAGCUCUGCAGCUUCACGGACAGCACGUUCGCGACCAUCGCCGAGGCGGAGAGCGGCGACCACGUCGCGAUUGACGGGGCGCGGCACUGCCGCAAGCACGAGCGCGGCUCGUUGAGGCCAGUGCCCAGCUUCAGCGACGACGGCGACGACGAGCUCACCGCUUGUAGCAUCGAGCAUACUCGAGCUUGUCUGAGCCACCGAGGUAGUUUCGACAUCGCGAAGGCCAAGUCCGAAGCGGCAGAGCUCCAGCACCGCGACAUCAGCGACGACGAUUGGCCGCAGCUCAUCGCCACGAUCGCGAAGGAGUGGAGCGCAGCUUUUGGCAUCGACGCGGCGACGGCCAUCAUGCCCGAGGAUGCUGCGCGCAUUCGGAAGGCCGAGAGGGUCGCGCACGGGUCCAAGGACUCCGAAAUCGUGGAGAUCGAGCGGAGUUGUCCAACCCCGCAGCUGGCUGCCAUCCACAUCGCGCUGCGGGCCGUGGCCAGCCGGGAGUUCGAGGCGAACUCCAGCGACGCGGCCGCGGCGUUGAUGCAGGGGGAACCCUGCAAGCGGACCGAGCCGCUCUACGCGGAGCCACCUGCAGGAGGCUACCGGGAGGCGUCAAGUGUUCCGCCUGGCAGUCUCAUCAGGCUCGACCGCGAGGUCUACGGGCUCGCGAGUGGCAUGGCAGCGCGGGGGAGUACGAUGGUCAACCGUCUCAGCAAGUUGGACUACCGCAUGAUCCGAUGA